AUGAACGCCGCGCACGACCUCUACAUGGAGUGCUGUCAACGGCACGGCGUGAAGCCAAACAGCGACAUCGAGGCUCAGGUCAUGGCGUCGGACCUCCUUCACAUGCGACUGAUCGAUGCCUCGCACACCUUCCUCGGCCGCCUUGGCGUGCUCGCCGUGCUCUCGUUUGUGCGGCACCAUCAGUGCAUAGAAGAGGUGCGCCUGCCACAGAACAGCGUUGACGAGGCAUGCAUGAGUCUCCUGGCAGACAUUAUCACCGACGCCCACCCGAGUCUGCGCAGUGUCGACGUCGCCGGCAACCUCCUUUCCACACCAGCUAUUCGCCGAGUGUGGGCGGCGGCCCGGCAAAACACGCGCUUCACUCACCUCGUCCUGGAGGGCUGCGGGGUGACGGACGAGUGGGUCACACGGCUGCAGACGACGCUGCGGGCCAACGAGGAUAUGGAGCUGCACAGCUACGAGCCAUAUGGCAUACCGCGCAGCCCUCACUCGUGGCACACCGUCUUUCUCUUAACUCUUGGCGCCCGCGAGGCGGUGCUAGAAUACUGCGAGAAGUGCCUGCCUGCAGUGAACAAGCACAUGGCCGCAGCGCGAGUCCGCGUGGCGGUCCUCACCCUCAGCGAAGGGGACUCAGUGGAGCAGGUCGAGUCCAAGCUGGCGCGGUGCCAGGACGCUUUCAACCAUCAGCUGACGUGGUGCGUUGCCCUCCUCGGCGCCGAGCCGCUCUCGAAGCCAGAGCUGUCUGCGCUGGGACAGGUGCUGCGCCAGAAGCCGCCGUCCCAACCCCCACUGCGCGACAAGAUGGGAAAACUGCGGCCCCGCGUCUACCGUGCGUCGCGCUCCUUCUUCUGCUACACGCCGAUCUCAUGGGAGAUGUCGGGCGGCGUCAGCGACGUGGUUCCGGCGAGCCAGUGGCUGCGCAGCGCGGGCUUCGGCGGAGUCGCGUGUUACGAGUCCCUCACAGCGACGGUGACCGCGCCGGCGGCGGCACUGACACCGAGAAACCGAGUGGUGCGCUGGCAGAGCGACCUCUUCACCUCCCUUCAGAUGACGUUCCGGGAACCCGCGGUGGACGGGAGCACGUCAGCCGUCGUGCAUGCGGACGAGGUGCAGGGCCUCGAGGAGUCGCAGCUCUUCUACACCAACGCCGACGAGAUCGAUAUGGUGCGCAGCUUUGUGCCGUGUGGCCGCUUUCACCCCAAAAAGACGGCGCUCGUGCUGGAGUACGUCUCUGGCCCUUACCGGGACAGUAGCUCCCCAUUCAUUCUCUACGGCGCCGGCUGCAUUGGCAAGAGCAGCAUCCUGUGCAACGUGGCGAGUCUGCUGUGGGAGGGGCGGCCCAGCGUGGGCCGCGAGGUGCCGGCGCGCGUGGUGUGCCACGUCGUGGACGUCGAUCACUGCAGCCUUGCCGUGUUUUUGUACCGUCUUCUUCACCUCUUCGCCCCUGCGAGCCCCCUUUGGUUCACCAGCGUUGAUGCGCUGGCGGAGGGGGUGCGGGAUGCCAUCCGAACCUACGCCGGACCAACGGUAGCUCUGUUGCUGGGCCGCAUCGACCUGCUCGACACAUGCUGGUGCCACUGCAGCAUACUGGCAGCGUGGCUGCCGCAUAUCCUGCCCCGGACGGUCCGUAUCGUGGUGUCUCUCGACACCGAGAGCCCGGUGCUCCCGCUACUGCGUAAGCGCAUGCCGCAGCCCUUCGAGUGUUUGUGCCCGCCCAUGGUGGACAUAAACUCGCUGCAGCUCUUCAAGACUUGCUUGAAGGAGAGAAACGUGGUGCUGCCCGGAAUGGAAAUGUCUGAGCUCAAGUCACGUGAGGCUCUCGGCAUGUCAGAGAGGAGCUACCUGCAGAAGGAAGAGGCUCUGACGGUGCUAUACCCGCGCCUGGCUUCGUCGUAUGUGCACCACCUCUUGAACACCGGGAACCACGUUGAAUCCGAGUACGAGGCGCACCAGCUGAUCGAGGGCGCGCUGCCACCGACAGUCGCGGAGCUGGUGCAGUCGCUGUACGACAAGACUGCGAUGCAGCAUCCACAGAUCACUGUGGAGACGCUGCUCGUACUGGUUGCUCUGGCCCCUUUGCCGGCUUCGGAGCUGGUGUACAUAUGCGAGGAACUGGGCUCGUGCCCCCGCCACACCACCCUUUCUGCUUUGCUGAUGUUGUCGGACAUGGGCCUCCUUCUGUGGUGCAAAGAUGCCACCAUCUGCGUCGCCCACCCGACCCUCAAGACUCUCUUUUUGGACAUCUGCUGCCACCACGUGCCGCGACUCAGUGUGUUGCUAGAGUCCCACCUGUACAGACUCGUCAUUACCUACAGCGCGGAGGUGCCGCAUGCGUUUUGGCACCUGGCGCCGUUGAUGAUAGAAAACGGCAACAUGCGGCAGGCAGUGCAACUCCUGCGCAACCCAGUGCUUGUGGACGCCAUGUUGCAGCGCGGGCCGGUGCACCGGCUGCACGUGCUGGGUGCGUUUCUGCAUCUCUUGCAGGCGCGGACGCUGCUGCGUGAGGUGGCCACCCUUGGUGGCCCGCCCGUGCCGCAAGUGAUGACCGAGGGCCCUCUCGUGUGCUGCCUCCGCGAGGUGGCAAACUACUCCUCCGACCUCUACCAAACGGCGCUCCUGCGCCGCUCUUUCUCGCCGUAUGCUUCCGCGGAGGCCGCGACGAAGUGCAUCACUCCGCAACUGUUUCUGCGACCCCUUAACGACGGCCAGGAGAACACCGCCGCGGUGUCGGCGCACGUGAGUGAGGCGUGCUCAUGGUGCCACUGCAGAGGCGGCUGCGUGGUAGCAGCCACUAACGAGUCCGUGUUUGUGUUCACCUCAGACCUCGGCAAGCCCAUUGCCGAACUGCACAUGCCCUUUGAGCGGCAGAUGCGCAUCACGGGUGUGCUUCACGCAGCCGGCACACGCGUGCUGGUGGCGAGCAAGACGCAGGUGCUCGUCUGGGACUACGAAAGCAACCUGAACUUCCUCUUCGCCGACGUAAGCAUUGAGGCGCGGGCGGCGAAUCUCGACACGUUCGGCUCGGCGCUCGUGGCCACCAGUACAGCCACAAACCAGCUGUGCCUCAUCGAUGUGCUGAAGAAGCGCAUUGUGCGGGAGCUGCCGGACAUGGAGGAGGGGGUUCGCCAGCGUGGUUUCUUCUGCGGCAACCGUCUACUGCUGCUCAGUCGCUGCUGCCUGUGCCUCUACGACGAAGAAAUGAAGGAGUGCGUCACCUUCACCCACGACAGCCUCGUGACCACCGUUAGCUGUAACCGCGACGGGCGCGUUUUGGUGUCGUACGCCGGCACAUACCUGCACGUGUGGACCUCCGCCGGUGAGCUGCUGCACCGCAUCGACGUUGGACCCGAUCCGCUCGUGCAGCUGCGCAUGAGCGCCACUGGCGCCCACUAUGUGACGCAGCAGGGCACCAUUCUGCAGGUGUGGCGCACUCUCACAGGAGCCGCAUGCAGCACCCUGCGCAGCCCCUUCAGCGAGGACUCGGAUAUCGAGUACGUCACGCUCACAGACGACUCUGCAAAGGUGGUAGCGCGCUCUGGGCCUUACAUUAUCGCCUGGGACGCAGAUAAAGGAAGUCUCAUCGGCGCCGAGUCGGCCCCCGUGGGCCUCAUUCAGCACGUGGCAGUGCACGAUUCCAACGUGUUCGCAACCACCACUACCGGCGACGUGCAUUCGUGGUCGUUGGAGCGAGGACUCUCCUCUAUCGACCAGGUCAAGGAGGGCCAGUGCACCACCAACAUUCUGCGCAACGCCAAGGUGUCGACGCAGUCGGUGCGGAGCGUCUCGACGAACCGCGCAGGGACCCUGCUUGUGACGGUGGAUGCAGCGCACUACCUGCGGCUCUACUCACUCAUCACCGGGGCACCGAUCGAGCACACCGUCGGGCGCGUACGGAGCGCGGUGGCGGUGGGGCCCGAUACGGUAGUUUUUAUGCCGCAGGAGCCGAACCACCUCGGCUUGUACUACCUGGGAGGGGAGAGCCAGCUCGACAAGCGCGCGCUCCCCAAGACCGCGCUUCCAGAUGCGGACUACGCCCUCUACGUGUCCCCUGACGAGCUCUUCGUCGGCGUCACGGUCCAUCAGCGCCACCACAGUCACACGCUCAUCUACGAGGUGGAGGGGGGCGAGACCACGUCGUGCCAGCUGCUGGGCCACGCAGGUCGGAUCAUUGAGGUGAGCUUCUUUGGCAGCUUCGCCUUUACGGUUGGUGAAAAGGACGCGUGUGUGCGGCUCUGGAGUCUCUCGCGCAAGGCGGAGCGCACGUCCUAUACGCACCCCUGUCCACUGGUAGCUGCCGCCGGCAAUGGAUCGGGGGUGCUUUUUUGCGUAGACGCCGAGGGGGACGUCGUGCGUUUGCAUGUGGACAACAUCGUCUCUGUGAAGCACGCCGCCCUCGUCAUCACGAGCCUGAAGCUGCACGCUGCUGUGCCGCUUGUGCAAGCAAGCGCCAUCCUGCAACUGUCCGUGUAUAAGAAUUACCUCAUCCUGGUCCGGGCCACGGGCGAGCUGUUGCUGCUGGACACGCUGCACGACGACGUCGGCCACCGUGUCCCCUUUCUCGAUUGCCAGCGUGUGUGUGUGUGUACCAUCAAGGACGCCCCUGUGCUCCUCACCGGCCACGGCCACGGCAAGGUGAUACUGAACGCGCUGCUGCACGCCGGCGUGAGAGAGAAGAGUCGCAGGUCUUAA